AGCCACAAGACAUUCCGAACCAAGCAGAAGCUGGCCAAGGCCCAGAAGCAGAACCGCCCGGUUCCGCAAUGGAUUCGCCUUCGCACUGGCAACACCAUCCGCUACAACGCCAAGAGAAGGCACUGGAGGAAGACCCGUCUUGGCAUCUAA